ACUGCAUGGCGCACAGACCGCACCUUCGCAUCUGAAAAAUUCUAUCUGGCUGCUCAACACCAUUUCACAGAUGGAGCUUGUACCGCCCUGGCCUCUGGAAGAUCUCCCCGUACCACCACUGGGGGAGCGGGCCAUCAAUGAAACGAAGCCAUUAGCCAUUGAUCAGAUCAGUUUAGUGCAGCCAAGUUCAAAGGUUACGGCCAUGACACUGACCCCGCAGCAUGAGGUCAAGUUCGUCCAUGAGGUCCAGCUGGGGACAGAGCACGUGAGCGUGACGUGUAGAAGAUGGACAGUGAACAGUUUCCAGAAAGUUCUUUUCCUGCUCUUUUUGUUUGUUAACAUGAACGGUGUGACGGCAGAAGGAUGCCUGAACGUCACAAGCCACGUUUCUCAGUACAAUUUCUUUUUUGGCUGGUUCAUUUCUUUUGAAAUCAAAACUUCAGAGUAUUUUGAAUGCCCAACCGGGUGCUGCAACGGAACAUGUUGUCCGGACGUGCAAGAAGACAACAACGUACAAGAAUACAACACUCCCACAUUGACCGAAUGUGCAGUCGUUCUUGUGUGCCUGGCUGUCUCUAUCUUCGUCUUCUAUUACACCUACAAACAUCGUCACAUCAAAGGGCACAAGAAGAAACAUUAGAGUUUUUCGUCCUUCCCUCAAGCACAGGGUCCGUCUCUAGAAAAAACAACAUUGGACGAUAUACCAAACACAUUUUAGCUUCUCCUGUCUGGUUAGCCAGUUGUCCGUAGCUACAUUCCUAUCUUAACAUGACGGCUGAGUUUCCUGAUCUGUUUCACUCUCACUGGAGAAACCCCCCGUAUGAACUCUGUGAACAUGACAAAAACUGGAAUCUUAAGGUCUGGGUCAAGGCUUCAAAUAAUUCAAACACCGACACACUAAACACCUUAGGAGACCAUAGCGUUGUUUGCUCUCCAGUGAAGGUUUUUCUAUCCGUAAUAGGCUUAUACUGUUUUGUUUAAAUAUCUUUAUACAUGUCAUUUUCAAUUUUUUACAUAAUUAU